AAAUAGGGACAGCAGGUUCGCUGAAUAAAUAAUGAAAACAAUCUAAUUAUUAUCAGUGACAGCGAAGCAAACAGUGAUUUCUGCUCCGUCGUGUCGCCGGCGAUAAAUAAAGGGAUCAAUCACAGACUUUUGUCCAAUUCGAAGCCCAAGAACCAGCUAAAAAUGGAGAGUCUAUUUCGAUCAGUGACCGGCGCGAACCCUAAUCCCUCAGAUUACGAGGAAAUCGAAUUCUGGUCAAACCCUGAGCGAACCGGGUGGCUCACGAAGCAAGGCGAAUACAUCAGGACCUGGCGCCGUCGAUGGUUCAUUCUUAAACAAGGCAAGCUUCUCUGGUUCAAAGACCCUUCGUCCGUCACACGCGCCGCCAUUCCGCGUGGAGUGGUUUCAGUUGCCGAGUGCCUCACUGUUAAAGGCGCUGAAGAUGUAAUCAAUAAGCCUUUUGCCUUUGAGCUCUCCACUAGUCGUGAUACUAUGUACUUCAUCGCCGAUUCUGAGAAGGAGAAAGAGGAAUGGAUUAAUUCCAUUGGCCGAUCGAUUGUUCAGCACUCGCGGUCUGUUACCGAUUCCGAGGUUGUUGAUUAUGAUAGCAGGCCGUAGUUAUAUAUGUGAGGUGCAUGUCCUAUAAUCGUUUGAACUGUUUUUUCUAUUUCUCUUUUUUCAUGUUGUAUUUUGCAGACUCUUUAGCAUUUGAAGAUUUUGUUUCGUUGUAUGAAAGUUUAUGUUCCCUGAAAACGUUUUCUUUUCGCA